GGCAUGGCGUACAGGAAGGUGCGUGCGGCCCACGCAGGGUCUCUAGAGCGGGAGGAACUGCAGGCAUCUGCCUUGGACCUGGAGUGGGACAUGGAAAAGGAGCUACAGGACCCCGGACUAGGACUGGACCGCUUCCAGCUGGAGUGUGUGGAGCAUCGGACCGUGGGCAGCGCCAACCGUGCUGAUCCAGACCCAGACCUCGAGCCCAUCCAGCCCUCUGUGUCCGUCUCGCCCCACGGAAGGUUUGAGCGGCUGCAGGAGGACCCCAACUACAUCUCCCACUUCACCAGGGCUCCACCCAAGGGCCAGCGGAGAAGCAGCUGCAGCCUGGUAAAGUACCUGCUAGCGGGUGUAGGGCUCUUUAUCCUGGGGCUGCUGAUAGGCCACUACGCCCACAGCACGGACCAGCCCACUCCUGAACCCCCAACCGACACAGACCUCCUGGAGGAGCUGCUGAGGGACAUCACAGCUGAGAAGAUCCAGGCUCUGCACAGGGCUUUCAUUAGCAUAUCAGACGACAGCGAUGAGGCCAGGGCUAAGCACCUGUACCAACAGUGGACAGACCUGGGCUUGACGGACGUCCAGCUGGCCAAUUACAGUGUCCUCCUCAGCCUGCCUGGCCCCUCCUCCAGCAGAAUUGUGGACCGGGCCAGCCAUGAGUGUUUCCUGCCAAGCGGGAGUCAGUGUGACCCCAGGAACCACAACAACAACCCCACAGCAGACCAACACUUCUCCUACGCUGCCUACUCUGCCACAGGCAGUCUAGAGGCUGUGGUAGUGGAUGUGCAGUAUGGAGGUUUGGAGGACAUGAGAAGAGCCAGAACUACAAUGAAUGUCACCAAACAGAUUGCACUAUUAAAACUUGGACAAGCGCCCUUACUUUACAAGAUUUCUUUCCUGGCAGAGAUGGGUUUUGGGGGUGUACUCCUCUACGUGGACCCAUGUGACAGCCCCAGUGACCAGAGCAUGUGGCACAAAGCCUUUGGGGUCACCCUCAACCCCGGGGGAGACCCCUCCACCCCUGGAUACCCCAGUAUUGUGGGGAUCUACAGGGAGGAGCGGCCCAACCUGACGUCUCUGCUGGUCCAGCCCAUCUCUGCCUCCCUAGCCAAAAGGCUGCUCAACAUCCAGUCUGUGGGACUGGGGAGUCCCUGUACCCCUCUGGCCAUGCCUGCUGCUUCAGAGAGGAGGAAGAUACAACUAACUAUUGGAACCCACUCAACAUACAAGACAGUAAACAAUGUGUGUGGAUACUUGAGAGGAAAGGCCAAUCCAGAUCGAUACGUGCUGGUGGGCAGUCGCCAUGACAGCUGGCAUAAAGGGACAGCAGCUGAUUGGCGCGGCGGCUCUGCCAUGAUGACUCAGAUCAUCACCUCGGUGACCAAGCAGGCCCGGAGAGGCUUGGAGCCCGACCGCACCACUGUCUUCUGCUCAUGGGGGGGAUCAGCGCUCGGCAACAUCGGCUCCUUUGAGUGGGGAGAGGAGAACCGGGUGGUGCUGCAGAGCAGGGUUGUAGCCUACGUCAGCCUCCACAGUCCUGUCAGGGGGACGGAGACCCUGCGCUCCACUGCCUCUCCCUCACUGCUCCAACUCACCUCAGACAUCCAGAAGAGGCAGCUGCUGAGCUGUAUUCGAGGUGGAAACUGCCCUGGACCAAAUGUCAGCUCCCUGCAGAUCCCUGGGGACGUAAGCUUCUUUGCCAACCACCUCGCUGUCCCUACUAUGGAGUUUGCAUUUGAACAGACCAAAGCAGAAGAGAAAAGCAGUUUUCUCUCUGAAGCCCUGUUUUCUGCUGAGUCACCGGAGACCUUGGAUCCCCUCUUCAAAUUCCAUGAGACUAUCGCUAAGAUGACAGCAGAGGUCAUUCUUCGACUCGUCAAUGAUCCAGUACUUCCAUUCUAUCCCCUUGAUAUCGCACUGGACGUCCAGAAUAAACUCAAAGAUGAUCCCCUGAGGACCCCCAGACUGCUGGCAGCAGCUGCCUCCCUCAGAGAGAGCUCAGCUUUCCUCCAGUCUGAGACCAUGCGUCCAGCCAAUGACCCCAAGGAGAGGGACCCCUCCCAUGUCCGCAUGCUGAACGACGUGCUCCGGGACCUGGAGAAGAGCUUCAUGGUCCCCCAGCCCCCUCCAGGGGUCUACAGGAACUUGUUGUACAGCCUGAAUGGGAAGGUCCCCCAGUUCUCCAUACUGAAGUACCCCCUGGAACCUCUAAGACACAACGCUGUGAACAAGUCUCUGUCGCUGAUAAUAAACGCUAUUAAUUCAGCUGAAAAACUCAUUCGCUGUGGGCUUGACCUCUUUGAAAACAGUCCAGAUGACACAAAUUGACCCAACGAAUCCAAUCAGCCAAGGUUAGAGGCACUGUGUGGCUGCGCUGCCUAUACCAAUGGUAUCUGCAUACGUGCCUCAGAUACCUAAGUUCACUCUGCACAAUGAAGUGUGGCACAUUUUUUUUUUUUUUACAAAGAGAUCAGACUAAAGCAAUAUAAAGAGACCAGGACACCUUCUUGCACUACUCUCCUUGAGCGCCUACUGUGUUCAGGUUUAUGAAACAUUCAAUAAGCAAUGUUGAUUUCUUCUUGAUCCUUCUGGCUGUCAAUGAAAGUGCUGGGCUAUCCAUAAUGUCCUACUGCCUCAUUCUCAGGGGGAACAACGCCAGACAGACAGACACAUAUAAACUGAGAAUGUGAAGAAGCACUGGAACACAGGAGUGAGUUAAACUACAAGAUAGAGAGAUUCACAACCACGCAGAGCUUGAUAGAUAAACAUGCAUUUUGAAGUGAGUAAUGCGUCAUUGACUACAGCAUGUUUUUACAUGAGUGGAUAAACACUAUAAGGCCAGCUGGAUGUGUUUAUGCUCAUAUGCACUAUUGGACAAUCUCUGCCUCUGCCUAAACUUUCAAACAAAACAUACAGUAUGACGCCAUUCAAUGCUCUUAGUUUUGCUGAAAGCACAACAACCCUCUGCUCUGCUCUCAUUGUGCCUUGUGAUUUUCUACAGGCAAGGCUAAUGUGUAUCUAUGAUAGAGCAGAGGAGAGCAUGAUGUUUGGAUUACAGUAAGUAUGUGAGAAAUUAACUAUAUGUACAGAAGCAUGAUUGGCUGCAGACCCAAGCUGGCUUUAAGGAUGCUUAAAUUUGAUUUGAUUUUGAUUUUAUGUCCCUGAGAACUGCAUUUUGUAUCAUUAUAUUUUUCAGUGUCUCAUGCACUAUAUGAUUGAAUCCAAUAACCGGCACAGUAAAGUGCUCUACCAGAUGUGUGCUUUGAUUGGAUGUUUUUUUUCUUCUACUUUGAUGUAUUGAAUAAUAAUAAUUAAUCUUUGAUGUCUCGUACCCAAAGUGAAAUGUGAUAUCCGUAUUUUUCUAAUAACUCUGAAUUACGUGGGUCCUCCAAUGGUCAAUGUUAUUAAAAACAAGUCUCUGCAAUACUUUGAUAUAGAAGCAAUGGCAAAACCAAUGGACAAGAGUAGUGUGGUUGUCUACAAAACAAACCCCACUUUCCCUGUUUGUACAUACAGUAAGGAUGGACUGAUGAUGAAAUGUGUAGUGUUACAGUAGCUGUUAUUUGCCUUAAUUUAUUUGUUAUGCUUUGUUCAUGAUAGACUUCUGCAUGUGUUAUUUUUGGAUGCACGUUGACAUUUAUUGGGAUGAAUCUUGUCCUGGAUGCAACGCUGAGCGAUUUCCACUAGAAGGGCCAACUGCAAAGUCAAGAUUAUCUUUAUUAUAUCGUACAAAUUCAUGAGAAAAAAAAUCCCUUUUUGGUCUUAAUUUAAGUUUAGGGUUAGGCAUAAUAUUAGCAGUAUGGUUAGG